CACGUCUCUCAGAGACUCGUUGUGUUCAGUCGGCUCCGUGCGCAGCGAGAAGAACAAGAACAAGAAGAAGAAGAAGAACCCGGGUCGUGAUGGAGCUCCAGAUCCCCGUCCCUGGGCUUCUGGUUCUGGUGUCGAUGCUUCCUCCAGCAGAGGCCAUGAUAUAUAGCCCCCAGCUGUGUUACAUCCUAGACGGCUUCCUCGGUCUCUACGGACUCAUCAUCACCGCCAUGUUCAUCAAUGAGAAGUUCUUUAAAGCCAAAGGGAAGAGAGACGAGGAGACCUACAGCAAUCCACAGGGUCCGCUGGUGACCAAGAGGAACCGAGUGAUGGACAACAACGCCACGUACACCGGUCUGACUCCUCGUCGAGAAGAAUCAUACAAAGAACUUCCUGUCAAAAAGGAACGGCAGAGGAGGACCGAUCAGGUUUACCAGGACCUGAGCUCGGCCACCAGAGACACCUACGACUCUCUGCAGAUGCAGCCUCUUCCUCGCUAAGCACCACUUCCGGUUGGCCUCCUACACACCGACGACUGAGAAUCCAUCUUUUAAUUAGUAUUACGUUUAUUUCAUUAAAUCGUGAUGUUGUCGAGGUAGGGAUGAUAAAAAAAAACUUUUUCAUCCAGUUUAUUUCCAAAGUAAAAUGUAAUCGAGUUCAGUUUUUGCUUUCCACAAUUUAGACAAUUACAAAAUAUCUGUAGUGAGUUUUUGUGGUUUUAUUUUGCUGUUUGUUACUUUUGACGCAUUUACACUUAAAUACCUUGACUAGUUAGUCUCAUUAAUCGAUCAUUUGUUUCAUUGUUUCGAUAUUUUCCUGAGAAUUUGUGUUUUUAUGAAUAUCUUGCUUCCGUGGUAAUGUUCCUGUUGAAGCUAAGGGGAGUUUAGCUCUGUCUCAAAGGCAUAGUUAGAAAUGUCUUAAUAAAUCUCUAUUAAAGCAGACAUGCUGCACUGGUGUUUAUUUAUAGAGAUUCAGACAUGAAAUGAAGUCAUUUAGUCCUUUGGUUUAAUUUUGAAAGGGAAAGCGGAAGUCGAACGUUAGCUUCAUAGCAGCUAACUUGCGGCUCGUCCGAAACAGCUGGUUAGCAUAGCUUGGAGGCUAGCAGCUGCCCCGCAGGGUGUAACGAUGGCAGCGGAACCGAAGCAUUAGCACUGAUGCUAAAGCGAACAAAGCCCGGGAUUCUUCUAAAGCGCAAUUACUCAUUUAAGAGCCGCGCUAACUGCUAGCCCGCUUGCUAACGGCUAACUAGCCCGGUUAGCCCCGGACAGCAGCAGCUGCUCGUCGCUCCUCGCGUCGAACCCGCUGAAGC